UGUUCACGCGCGUGAAUAGUCUCUCUUUGGAGCACUAGAUCAGUGCUUCUUUACUCAGCCAUUUGGCUCCAAAGCCACUGUUAUCCUUGUUUUCUUUGGCCGCCAUUCUGGCUUGCUAACCCAGGAAUCAAUCCCGGGACUGAUUUUAUCGGAAACAGUCACCAUUGCCCAGCAGUGGGACUGUAGAUCCUGACCGGCCAACGGACCAGAUUUCAAGAAUAUGGACAAGAUUAAUGGGCCGCCUGGAACUGGCGAAAGCCACGGGCAAGAAAUCCUUCAAGGGUCUAUAUACAGCGAUGGAGGGUACAUCCCACAAGAAGAUUUGAAUAACCACUUCGAAGAAGACGAAGGAUUGGACUUGGAAGGAUACCAGCCAACGUAUGCUGAAGCGUUUCCUCCUCUACCCAGCGCUCAUGUGCAAAAUUCGACUCAAAACGACACUGGAUCAAAAUGGCGAACAGCAACAGGACCAAUUCGUUCGACCACUGUGACACAGGUUUUCCGUGUCCCAUUGGAAGAACGCCGCUACAAACAGCCCAAUGAAAAUGCCUUUGGAGAUGACCGCCAGCGUGAGAUUUGUCGUGAUAUCAUGGCUAAGACUGGAGCAGCAAUUGAGAUCAGUUCUGGAAAAGAUCAAGGAUUGACAAUCAUGGUCACUGGAAAACCAGAGUUGCUAGCUAAAGCCAGACGUAUGGUACUCACCCAGCUUCAGACCCAGGCUAAUGUUGACCUCGGCAUCCCUCGAGAACAUCACAAAUUCAUUCUUGGCAAAGGAGGAAAGACCUUGCAGCAACUGGAACUACAAACUGCAACAAAAAUCACCAUGCCAAGGGAUGGGUCAGAUCUCAUCCGAAUCGUCGGCACCAAGGAAGGUGUAGACAGUGCUCGGCAUGAGAUUCAGAUUAUUUCGGAUGAACAGGCUAAACUGGCUUUUGAACGGCUCAAUAUUGAACAUGUGUACCACCCUUUCAUUGCUGGAGCUAACGCUUCCAAGAUCAUGGAGCAGACUGGAGCUCGAAUCAAUAUCCCACCACCAUCAGCUCAGAAGGAUGAGAUCACUAUUGCGGGAGAGAAGGAAGGUGUAGCCACAGCAAAGGAAACGAUCAUGGCAAUUUAUGAAGAAAAGAAACGCAAAACUACCACUGUGUCCAUUGAGGUGAAAAAGUCCCAGCACAAGUAUGUCAUUGGUCCUCGGGGUGGAACUCUGCAAGAAAUACUUGCUUUGACUGGUGUUUCCGUGGAAAUGCCACCCCUUGAUAGUGACCUAGAAACCAUCACUUUACGUGGUGAGCCAGACAAGCUUGGAAGAGCUUUAACACAGGUGUACGAAAAAGCUAGCAGUGUUGUUUCUGCUGAAGUUGAUGCUCCUCGCUGGCUGCAUAGGUUUAUCAUCGGUAGGAAAGGACAGAACAUUCGGAAAAUAACCCAGGAUUUACCCAAGGUCCACGUGGAAUUCAGUGAUGAGAAAGACAGUGUCUCCUUGGAGGGGCCUCCUCAAGAAGUGGAGAAAGCGCAGGAAUCUUUGGAGACCUUCAUCAGAGAACUGAAAGCGUCAAUGGACUAUGCAGAAAUCAAUGUGGACCACAAAUUUCAUCCUCACAUCAUCGGCAAGAAUGGAAGCAAUGUGAAUCGCAUCAAGACUGAGACAGGAACAUCCAUUUUGAUCCCAUCCAACAAUGAAAAAAGUAACAUCCUCAGGAUCGAAGGAUCGCCAAAAGGCGUGGCUCUGGCUAAAGCUGAAAUUCUGCAGAUGGUUAAAAAACUGGAAAAUGAAAAGACUAAAGACGUGCUCAUUGAACAACGAUUCCACCGAACCAUCAUCGGAGCCAAAGGUGAAAAGAUCCGUGAAAUUCGUGAUAAGUAUCCCGAAGUUCAAAUCUCUUUCCCCGAUGCUGGCAAGAAAAGUGACAUUGUGAACUUACGAGGACCGAGGGAAGAUGUGGACAGCGUUUACACUCUCCUCAAGAAACUGAAUUCUGAACUGAUUGCUGCCAAUUUCCGCGUGGAGGUUCCAAUUUUCAAACAGUUCCACAAGAAUGUGAUUGGUAGAGGUGGAGCUACUAUCAAGAAGAUUCGUGAAGAGACUGACACCAAGAUUGAGUUGCCAUCAGAAGGAAGUGACAGUGAUAUGAUCGUUAUCACAGGACACAAAGCACAAGUGGAAGCAGCUCGAGAUCGCAUCAUUGCAAUCCAGAAUGAACUGGCAAAUGUCACUCAAAUAGAAGUUAACGUCCCACAUAAGCAUCACAAUGCUGUGAUUGGUGCCAAGGGUCGACUCAUUCGCUCCAUCAUGGAUGAGUGUGGUGGAGUUAGCAUCAAAUUCCCGCCAGAGGGCAGUAACAGUGAUAAGGUCCUCAUCCGUGGACCCAAGGAUGAUGUUGAAAAGGCCAAGAAACAACUUCUUGAUCUUUUGAAUGAAAAGGAAACUAACAGUUACACCCUUGAGAUCCGUGCAAAGUCACAGCACCAUCGCUUCCUGAUUGGCAGAGGAGGGGCCAACAUCAAGAAAGUUCGGGAAAAUACUGGCGCAAGGGUUGUAUUCCCAACACCAAGUGAUGAAGACAAGGAACUGAUUACAAUCAUUGGAAAGAAAGAAGGAGUUGAAGCAGCCAAACAAGAACUUCUGAAAGCCAUUAAAGAUCUGGACAAUAUUGUUGAGGGCGAAGUGCACGUGGACCCCAAACACCACAAGUACUUUGUAGCCAAGCGAGGUGAAAAGCUGCGAGAAAUCGCUGAUGACUUUGGAGGAGUUGUUGUCAGUUUCCCUAGAAACGGCGUCAACUCCGACCGCGUCGUCCUGAAAGGUGCUAAAGAUUGCAUUGAAGGAGCCAAAAAGAGGAUCUUGGAGAUUGUAGAUGAGCUCGACUCCAUGGUGUCUAUUGACUGUGUCAUUCCACAGAAAUACCACCGGAACAUCAUGGGAGCCAAAGGAGUCAAUGUACAGAAGGUCACUUCGCAGCACAAAGUUCAGAUCAAGUUUCCUGACCGAGAUCCCGGCGCCAGAGGUCAGGGUAUGGUUAAUGGCAGUUCCUCACCCGUGGAGGUCAACGGAGAAGAUGCUGGGUCCCCUCCUGCGAGUCCUCGCAAGUGUGACACCAUCACCAUUACUGGCUCAAAGGACAAUGCUGAGGCAGCCAGGGAGGCCUUGUUGGAACUUGUUCCAAUCACUGAAACGAUGACCAUUCCUUUUGAUUACCAUCGCUUCAUCAUUGGUGCAAAAGGAGCAAAUGUACGCCAGAUGAUGGAUGAAUUCGACGUGAAUAUCACCAUACCUCCCUCUAGGGAUGAAUCUGACCAGGUUGUGAUUGUUGGAACUCGACCCAAGGUCAACAAGGCCAUAGAGGCUCUGGAACAAAAGGUGGCUGAGAUUGAGGCAGAGAAUGAGGACCGGCAACUACGCAGUUUCAAAAUGGAGAUCAGUGUUGCAAGUUCUUAUCAUCCUAAGAUCAUUGGCCGCAAGGGACAAGUCAUUCAGAAAAUCCGCACAGAUCACGCGGUGCAGAUACAGUUUCCACCUGUGGAAGCGUCGGAGUCUGAAGCUGACAAGAUUGUUUUGACAGGAUAUGAACACAACUGUGAAGCUGCCAAGGAAGCCAUUUUGAAGAUAGUAAGGGAACUGGAAGACCAAGUUAGUGUGGAAGUCCCUAUCGACCCGCGGGUUCAUCGCCGUUUGAUUGGCACCAAGGGUCGUACCAUCCGUAAAUUCAUGGAUACAUACAAGGUGGACAUCCGGUUCCCCUCUCUCAACACUUCUGAUCCUGUCGUCAUUUCCGGCAUGGCAGAGAAUGUUGAAGAAGCGAAAGAUCAACUUCUGCUGCUGGAAGAAGAAUAUAUGCAAGACGUACGUGACGAGAUUGAACAGCAUGAUGUUCUAAGCCAUUAUUUGAACCCGCCAAGCAAACAAAGCAACCAGGUUGGUUUUGUUGUCAGAGAUGCUCCGUGGGACAACGUCCAGAACUCGGACAGCGACAGGAAACCCCAAAAGCAGCAACAGCAGCAGCAGCAGCCACUGCCGCCUCGGCAGUCUGUCAAAGAGAAGCCCCCACCCCCAGACACAAGCAACAUUGCUGACUUCCCCUGUAUCGGCAGCUCCACGGCUGCCCCCCGCCCCACAGCUUGGGGCCCGGCACGCCGUUAGCGUCAACUGGAACACGACAUUUUAAUGAGCAAGGUCAUGGACAGCUACAUGAAAAUUAAAAUAGAUUUUUAAUAGCACGUUAUAAUUUUUGUCCCAUGUACUGAAAUGAAAGAAUUUUUGUGUGACAAAUUUUUGAGUUUCAAUUGUGUUUGUCACGUCACCCAGUGUCAUAAUCUAUUGUGUGGCCAACGUCACGUUGAGUUUUGAUCAAAUUUUAUUGCUUUUGUCCCGCGUAGACCUUGAGUUUGUCGUGUGCCGGUGGGAAGUUUGCUUUUUGAUUGGAUAAUAGGGUCAUUACGGGGUUUUAUUUACUUAGUGCAGCCUGAGGAAAAUCUCAUUUCAUCACCGUGUAGUUUUUUCCGACAAAAAAAUUAAAUUAUUUUUUCAUCUGAUUUUAGCGACCACUCUUUCCCACGAUCUCACUUCAGACUAAAAUUAAAUAGAAAGAAAAAGGAAAAAAAGAGAAAAAUCUAACGUAAUAUUUGAUAUUCUUUAUAUCUCCAACCCCAUCAAUAAAAAGUAGAUGAAUAUUAAACCCAUUACCAGUCAUGUGUCAGUGCGUCAAAGUAAACGGAAAACUGUAACCUUGUGAAAGGCAGGAAAACUACUCUGUGACCAUUGGCCACUUUUACCAGUGGCCUUGUUGGGUCAAAUAAACUGUUUAAACAGAGACGAA